UCAGCGCCGUGCGAUGCGCUCCAAACCUUCUACUUCACAACGAAACGGAAAUUAAGCGUAUAAAGAAUUUGAAUUGUGAUUUGAAAGUGAACUCUUCCUCAUAGGAGUUAUAUAGUGGGAUUUUUUUAUUUUGACCGUUGUUGUUGUUGUAAAAAUGUUAUUCGAUAAAGAAUAUCGUUAAUCCGUUUGUAAUUGAGCAGUGAAAAUUUAUUUUGUUCAAAAAUACUUUCUGGAGAACAUUUUAAAGUAAAAAAGUUGCAAUUUAUGUAUAUUAAUACGCUGUUAAUGAUGUAAAAUAUCACUGGAGCAAACACAGCGGCGAGCUUUUAAUGGAUUCUAAGAGUGAAAAAUAAAGUGCAUAUAAAGAAAAAGGUGAAAAAAUGCUGUUGUUUUUGUUGUUGUUGUUACUGCGAAUGAAGUAACUUCUCAAAUCACAACAUACCAUAUGCAUUCACAUCUCUACUACACGCCCAUCACGCUCUUUCCGCCACUAACUUCAUCCCCCCUUUAAUGCCCCUCCAAACUGCCAUUCACAUCGCCAAAAGCUUCACACACAGUACAUAUCUGCCAACAUUAUUCUUGCCAUUAUUAUCGUGCCAGAGGCAUUACUACGAGUAUUAUACAACAAAGCUGCUUCACACGAAUGCGUAAACUCACCGCAACUGGAUAGGAUCUAAAAUGGAUCGUAGUAAAACUAAUAGUAUAGAAUUUGGUAAUAUCCCAGCAGCGUCGUCUACUGCCGCUACUGCAAUGUCAGCAUCGUGGGCGAACAAUAAGGAAUCAUCAUCACAGCCCAACGAAGAUGACUCGCCAGAGGAUGACGCUGAUAUCGCCACGCCCGCCAAAGCCACCGAUCCACUGGCGCCAAAGCGUGCUAAUGAGCGCGUUCUUGUUGUAUCGGUAACGGAGCGCAAUCGUGAAACGUGGAGUCAGAAAGCAGAGUUCUUAUUGGCCGUCAUUGGUUUCGCCGUCGAUUUGGGCAAUGUUUGGCGUUUCCCCUACAUCUGCUAUCAGAAUGGCGGCGGUGCUUUUCUUAUACCUUAUUGCGUAAUGUUGAUAUUUGGUGGUCUACCGCUUUUUUACAUGGAGCUUGCGCUGGGCCAAUUUCAUCGCUGCGGUUGUUUAAGUAUUUGGAAGCGCAUUUGUCCGGCAUUGAAAGGUGUCGGUUAUGCCAUUUGCCUAAUCGACGUUUAUAUGGGGAUGUACUACAAUACAAUAAUCGGUUGGGCGGUUUACUAUUUAUUCGCGUCGUUCACCUCAAAACUGCCUUGGACGUCAUGUGGCAAUUCGUGGAACACCAACAGUUGCAUGCCGGUGACGAAUGUGAAUUUCACGGACAAGGCGACAACACCAGCGAAGGAGUUCUUCGAACGAAUGGUGCUUGAGCAAUACAAAUCGGAUGGCCUGGAUUAUAUGGGCCCAGUGAAGCCCACAUUAGCCUUGUGCGUUUUCGGUGUAUUUAUUUUGGUAUACUUUUCCUUGUGGAAGGGUGUACGCAGCGCUGGCAAAGUGGUGUGGGUAACGGCUUUGGCGCCAUAUGUGGUUCUCUUCAUAUUAUUGGUGCGCGGCGUUUCGCUGCCAGGUGCAAUGGAGGGCAUUAGGUACUAUCUUACGCCAGAGUGGCAUAAAUUGAAGAACUCGAAGGUUUGGAUCGAUGCGGCUUCACAAAUAUUUUUCUCGCUUGGACCUGGUUUUGGAACGUUGCUGGCUUUGUCCAGUUACAAUAAAUUCAACAAUAACUGUUAUCGAGAUGCGCUGAUCACGAGUAGUGUUAACUGUCUAACCAGUUUUCUAGCGGGUUUUGUCAUAUUUUCUGUAUUGGGCUACAUGGCGCAUGUGCAAAAAACUUCCAUCGAUAAAGUCGGUCUUGAAGGACCCGGUCUUGUGUUCAUAGUCUAUCCGGAGGCGAUUGCCACAAUGAGCGGCUCAGUAUUUUGGUCCAUCAUUUUCUUUCUCAUGCUCAUCACACUAGGCUUGGAUAGUACAUUUGGUGGAUUGGAGGCGAUAAUAACCGCUCUCUGUGAUGAAUAUCCGCGCGCCAUUGGACGACGAAGGGAAAUUUUCGUGUUGGGGCUCUUGGCUUGCAUUUACCUGUGCGCACUGCCGACUAUGACUUAUGGUGGCGUUUUCUUGGUUAACUUUUUGAACGUUUAUGGUCCCGGCCUUGCAAUAUUGUUUGUGGUAUUUGUGGAGGCGGCUGGCGUUUUUUGGUUCUAUGGCGUCGACCGCUUUUCAGAGGAUGUGGAACAAAUGUUGGGCAUAAAACCGGGCAUUUUUUGGCGCAUCUGUUGGACUUACAUAAGUCCUGUAUUUUUAUUGGGCAUUUUUAUCUUCUCCAUACUCGGCUAUGAGGAAAUGUUGGGGGAGGAAUAUCAGUAUCCCGAAUGGAGCAUUAAAGUCGGUUGGGCUGUCACAUGCUCCUCGGUACUUUGCAUACCAAUGUACAUCAUCUACAAGUUCGUAUUUGCGUCCAAAGGUGAUUGUCGCGCGCGUUAUCGCAAUGCCUUCAAAGUGCCCACGCAGUGCGGGUCAGUGGUGCCGGGACAGCAGGGCACCACAGUGUGACAUGAUUCAGAAAAAACAAUGCAACCAACACCGAUACUUGGUGGAACUUGGAAGCAGCAGAUGGAUACGAAGACGGAGGCGGAGAGCAAACUUAACAAAACUUUUAUAGAAACAACUAAUACCAAUAAUUGUAGCUUGGAACGUUUAGCAUGUGUGGGAUGGAGUUAUUCGCCAACAACAACAACCAAAUUAGCAAAACCAACGGAAAACACAACUUAUCAAACGACAAAUAAUAUUGUAGAUUUAAACAGUUAUUAUGCAUAUUACACAAAUAAUCUUAAUUAUGGUUACUUAUACGAAGUUUCACCGAAGAAUAACGAUGAAACGAACAGCGAUCAGGUAUUGGAGAGUGAAAACCUUCAGCGCAAUUUGCCUCACUUGGAAUGGACGUUUCGGCCAAAACGGUUAGAUGGAGCUGGCAAUAACGAAACAACAAGUGAAGAUGGUAACAGCGUCAUAUAUGAGGAAGUAAAUAAUUCGGGUUUAAACGAGUAUACUGAACAUAAUAACCCAAACCAAAAUGCUGAUAUUAAUAGAUUAGACUAUAAAUAUGUUAGCAAUGUUGAAGGGGCGAAUUGCAGCGGAUGUGUUAGAGCCACUGUUAGUAGUAGUUGUAGUAGUAAUAAUGUUAAUUGUAGUGCUAAUGUUAAUGUUAAUGCCAAUGUUAAUGCUAAUGCUAAUGUUAAUGUUAAAUGUAGCAAACUUAGUAGUUCACAAGGAGCGGAAAACAUUUGUAAAUUAAAUGCGACUCACGAAAUUGCUGAGGACAAUAAUUACGAAAUGAUACUCAGCAGUUGUAAACCGCUUAAAUUCUCAUUUGCCAGCGAAUGGCUGGUUUGAAUAUUAAAAAGAAAGAAAAACAAAAAACCAAACAUUUAUGUAUGUGUCUCUAUGUUCAACAAAUUACAAAUUAAUACAAAUAGCAGAAUAUAACAUAAGUAGCAGGCAACAGCAGAAUGCGAGCGAAGUGAAAUUGAGUGUGACGCCAUUUGUUGCUGUAGUUAUUAGGAAGGAGUUCAUGUAAAAUUUAAGAAAGUGCCAAGUUGAGAGUAAGGAAAAUUUAGCAAAACAGCCAUUUGCUAAGUUUUCCAUAAGAAAAUCAGAUAGAAAAGCAGGAAACAUGUAGAUACAUAUACAUGCAUACAUAUAUAUGCAUAUAGCAUUGGAUAUUUUUUUAAUUAAAAUUGUAAUUGUAAGAAAAUAUUGUGUAACAAAAUUAAUUUUUAUAAAAUUUUCAAAUUGUUGUACUGCAGCAUUUAAAUGACUACUUCAGUGCUACUACCAUAUACAUACAUAAUACAUAUUAUAAAAUACAGAAAUUUACAAAAUAUUGAUAGAUUGCAAACGUUUAUUGUAGCAAGUAAACAUAUUGCAGUUUUAUAAUUGUGUAGGUAUAAAUAUGCAUGUCAUAACAUACAUAAUAACUUAAUUGACAACUACACACAACAUACAUAUAAAAAAUACAAAUACAAAAGUUCUUUCGGCAAUGGUAACAAAUGCUUUUUAAACUAAGCAAAACGCAAAAGUAGCUUAAAAUGCCAUAAGUUUAGCUUGUAAUAAAACAAACCUACUCAUAGUCAACAAAAUAAAGUAUUAUUAAUAUAU